AUGGCAGGUUUGAAAACGAGAACAGUAUACUCAUUAGAAUCAACGGAACGAGCAGCGUAUUAUUUAUCCUUAGCGACAACGCGGAGUAAUGUCAAUAUUUAUGCUUUUAAAGCCAUUAGUAGGCAUUGCAAAAAUGGGAGUUUACUGAGUGGCUCUUGCAACACAGGGAAAUUGACAGCCAAAUUGUCUGGCAAACAAGAUAUUAAACAAAAAAAUGAUACAAUUGUUUCAAACGAUGCUGGUACAGUUAUCAAAAAGUUGAACGGUUUGAUGGAUGGCCUUUGUUUUGACUUUGCUAGUUCUAGCUACCUAAUGGAUGGAUCAGGAACUGUUCAUACGUGCAUUGCAACAAAGGUUAAACAAGAAGGCAAGGAAGAACAGCCAGAACAAGGUUUUAGCCUAAACUUUAGGAAAAGACCAACCAUCUUUUUUGAAACAUCACAGAAAAAGAAGAAUGGUGUGGCAGCGAGUCUGCUUAUAUUUUCUACCGGGCCUCUAUAUAUUUCGGAUUCCUUUUGGUGUGCUGUUUUGUAUGAGAUCAUGGCCCACCUCUUGAUCUCAACUCCAACAUUUUGUGAUUCUGUGUUACUACAACAUUAAAAAUAAAAGAGAGAAGGGAAGAGAGAGAAGGAGAAAGAUAGGCUGUGUGUGUAUUGACCCCCUUCUUCACGGCUGAUCAUGCGUAUAAAGUUGAUAACUUCUCAACUUAAGUCUACACAAAUGCUAAUUAAAACAGCUACACGAGCACGGGUUAUACUAUGUAUUAUCGUCCGCCUUCACUGCCUUUUCAUUAUGUUUACCGCUGGGAUCUUUCUUUGUUGGAAAAACGAGGAACCAAUCGAUCUUUCAUGAUUUAAUUCGAGCCCUUUUCGUUUCUGCGCCUUAUUUAUUUUUCCUUGUGAGACCUCGGUUAAAUCGAAAGAAUUUUUGAUCCGCCUCUGUAUUUGAAUGAAAUGGUUUAUGGGUACUUUUUUUUUAUUCAUCAAAUGAGAAAAGAUAGAUGUCUGCGCGAGUUUGCUGAAAUAGGUAUGACGCAAUG